CGACUCACGGUCAGGCAAACCCUCACGCGGAGCCUGAGCACGUUAGUGUGCAUACGGUGCACACUGAAGCAUCCAGUUACGUGCCCUAGCAGCCGCAGCCUCAGCCGGAACCUCAGCCAGUUCCGGAGCAGUUCGCGGGUCAGAACCCGAAUUUAGCCAUUCCGAUGUUCCAACCGCAAAUGGUUGCGAACAUGUUCCAGUUCUUCCAGCAGAUGGCGGGAGCGCACGUACCACCACCACCACCUCCUCCUGCACCCAUUGUCUCGAUUGAAAAACUCAAGAGGAAUGGGGCGCAGGAAUUCUGUGGCGACCAGAUAGCGGACCCUCAAAUAGCCAAGCGUUGGCAAGAGCGCACGGUGAGGGUACUGGAGAAUUUGAAGGUACCUAUCGAGGAUUGGGGACAGCAUGCCAUAUCCCUAUUGCAAGAUGCCGCCUAUGAUUGGUGGAAGCGAGUAGGGAAGCUGACUCUCCCCGAGUACCGUCAGCAAUUUGACGGAUUGGCUGAGUUUGGUAAAGACUUGGUCAACACCAUGGAGAAGCGCUGCAAGAAGUUCAUCAAGGGUAUUAGACCAGACCUGUCGUCAACACUCAUUAUUGCUCCCCGAGCCGACAUCAACGAUGUCUAUAAGAAAGCUCUUGAGCUGAACGAGGAGCUCAUCAGGAAAGCUGCGUAUGAACAGGCACUUUUGGAAGAAAGUCGGACCGUCCAAUCAGGCCCGAAAAUGGGACAUGGUAGCAAGAGGACCUUCUCCGCGCCGAGCAACACUCGCCAUGAUAAGCGAGCGAAAUCUACUCCCUCUACAUCUGUGGCCGUCACUAGUAAGAGCGGGAAGGAGAAGAUGACAUACCGUAAUCCAGUAUGUUCACACUGUAACCGCAGACAUGCUGGUGAGUGUUGGUUCAUACAGGGUCUUUGCCUCGGGUGUGGUCAGGCAGGUCACUUUCGGAACGAAUGCCCGGUGAAUCCAGGCAAGGCUAUCUCCACUGGACCAGGCACACCGACUGCUCCUACUGUCCGAAGGGCCGAGCCUACCCAGAGUCAUCGUUCUACAGCCGCGUCCAACCAACCAAAGAGGCCAGCAACUAGUCAGCAGCAGGGACGAGCACCAGCUCGUACGUAUGCCAUGCAAGGGCGUACAGAUCCACAGACCAAUGAUGUCAUCAUGGGUAUGUUCACUUUAUUUGAUAUCACUGUAUCUGCUUUAAUUGACCCUGGAUCUACCUUAUCAUAUAUAUGUGUACCUAUGCCUGUUACAUCUGACGUCACUAAGGAAACUCUUGAGUAUCCGGUAGUUGUGUUGAACCCACUGGGACACAGUCUACGUCUCCAACAUGUCUAUAAUCAAUGUCCGUUGAUGGCUCAAGGAAGAAUAUUCUUGGCCGAUCUCAUUGAACUCCCUCACAAGGAGUUUGACGUUAUACUUGGCAUGGACUGGUUGGAAAAACACCAGGCUAUUGUCGAGUGCAAGGAACGAGUGGUGAAACUUCGCACAGACGACGACAACGAGGUGAUCAUUCGGGGAGAACUGCUACCGAAAGCUCCCGAAUUCAUCUCUUAUAUGCAAGCAAAACGGCUCAUUCGCAGGAAAUGCGAAGCAUUCUUGUGCACUGUUAAGGAUAUACGAAAGGAAACACCUAAUCAUAAGGAUAUAUCUGUGGUUUGUGACUUUCCUGAUGUAUUUCGUGAGGAACUUCUAGGUCUACCUCAUCCGAGAGAAGUAGAAUUCUCUAUUGAUCUUGUACCUGGACCCCACCACCACAUCCCUCCAAUUUACUUUUCCUAUAUUAUCACCCUACCACCACCAUCAUCAUCCUCACACCUUAUCACCAUCAUCCGUCUAUCAUUCAUCCCCUCCCCAUCCUCUCUCUGUCGGCAGCAGCUCAGGAGGAAGAAAACCCAAAAAUACUCCAUUGUUGAGCCAAGGAAGAAGAAGGAGAAACAAGAAGAAGUGUCAAGGUUCCCAAAUCUUAAGCUCAAAAACGCAGCAUCAACUUCUUCGUGAAUUCUGAACUUCCGGAGAUUAUUUCCAAGAAGAUUGAAUGUCGGAUGCUCGAAGUUGAUAGGGGCGACCGUACGUUGAACGUUUGUUGAGGCGUAUUGUUAUCAUUCUA